AUGGCCGCGCCGCCACCUCCACCUCCGCCCGCGCGAGGAGGCCUAUCACUCUACGCAAACCUCCUCGACCCAGUCGCCGACCCCUCGGCCACGAUCUCGAGCGCUCCCGUCCGCUACAACCAAGACGGUACGGUCGCCGACCCGAAGGAUGGGACAGCUGCGAAGAAGCCCAUAGACCCAUCCCUCCGCUUUCAGCCCAUACGCAGACCACAAGCAAAGACAGCGAAACCAAAGUCAACCUUCCCCAAGACGAUACCGAGCGCGAACGUAUCAGCCACCGCCGCCUCUACAGCAGCUUCUUCCGCGCCAACAUCCUCGACGACAGCCGCCCAGCAACCACCGCCGCCAAAGAGCACCCUCGCCGACUGGGCCGUGACAGAGGAAGACGAAUGGCGCUACAGCGCCAACGCAGGCGCCGGUGCCGGAGGCGGAGGCCAUCAGCGCGGCGGCCGCAGGAAGAAGAAGAAGAAGGGCAACAACGACCAGCCCGCCGAGACCAAUUGGGACGACAUCUACGACCCGACGAAGCCCACCAACGUCGAGGAGUACCUGCGCAGCGAUGAGCGGAUCCACGAGGUGCAGGAGUGGAAGAGGCUGCUCUACCGACACCGGAGACGCAAGAGUCUGAGCGAUGAUAGCGACGAAGAGACGGAGCGCCGGCCGGCGAUGAACCAGUUCGCCCCUCCAGCCGAGUACUCAUUCGUCCCCCCGCCCCCAACAUCACCACCCCCAGCCGAACCACGAGCCCCGGAAGCAGCCACCGGAGACGACGCAUACGCCCGCCGUCAAGCCCUUUCCGCGUCCGCACCACCUCCCCCUCCUCCCCCGGCAGCGACAGACGAAGCAACGAUAUCCCGCGCCCCCGUCCGCUACACCCCAUCCUCCACCAAGCAACCGCCCGCAGACGAAGAAGACCCUUCAGACCCAGACUCCCCACCACCAGCCCUCGGCCUCGGCGCCAGCAGCGCACCACCACCCGCAUCAGGAGAACCAACCCCGCGAUCCUCCCGCCCAGGCCAAGCCGGCUUCGCCCAACGCCUCAUGAGCAAAUACGGCUGGACAAAGGGCUCCGGCCUAGGCGCAGACGAGUCCGGCAUCGUCAACCCGCUACGCGUACAGGUCGAGAAGCGCAAGAAGAAGUCGGACGCAGAGGGCGGCGGGUGGGCUGAGCCGGGGAACCGCGCCAAAGUCAUUGGCGGGAAACGCAAAGACGAGAUCGAUGGCGGCGGCGGCGGCGGCAAGUUUGGCGGGCCCAUGAGCGAGGUUAUUGUCUUGCAGCGCAUGCUGGAUAACAUGGAGGACCUGCAGGGCGAGAUUGCCAAUGGGCUGGGGCAGGAGAUUGGGGAGGAGUGCGGUGAAAAGAUCUUCUUGCAGUACGGUCGAGUCGAGCGACUAUACAUCGACGUUGAGAAGAGACAGGUCUUUAUCAGGUUUACAGACCAGGUCUCUGCCCUUCGUGCAGUCAAUGAACUGGAUGGACGUGUAUUCAACGGCAAUGUUAUAGUGCCGAAGUUCUUCGAUACUGAAAAGUUCGACAAGGGUAUCUACCAAUGA